AUGGAUCACAAUGCCUUUAUGAUGAACGGUGGAGGCAUGCAGAUGCAGCAAAGACCACAACCGCAGAACGACCAAACCGGUCAGGAUCUCCUUGCUAGGAUCGUACAGGAGCUGAGAAAGAAUACCAUACAAACUGGAUGGCAGUCCGCUUUCGAUCCUGUUCACCGUGCUCACAUGGUCAUCAGCCUAGUGAGAGCACUGCGCAUGCUGAACAAUUCCAACGACUUGAUGAGCGCUGUUCAAGUAGCUAUGCGCUUUGAGGGUCAAAUUCUUGCUAGUAGUCCAUCUGAGGAACAAUGGAUGGCUGGCAUCAAGCAAAAACUGCAGGAAAUCAGUAACGCCGCCCAACAAGCGAAAAUGAAGGCACAGCAGCAACAACAGCAGCAGGCCAUGGGUAUGCAAAUGCAAGCCAGCCGCUCACAUCAAGGCGAAAUGGCCCCGCAGAUGUCUAUGGCGCCUCAGAUGAUGGGCCAGAUGAACAUGCAACCGCACAUGCAACAGCCGCAACAACAAACGCCUCAACAGCAGCCUCAGCAGCAGCAACAGCAACAACAACCGCAGCAGCAAGUGCCUCAGAACCCACCAAGCCAGGCCUUCACUCAAGAAGAGCAGAAACAGAUCAUGGCGCACGCCCGCAGUAUGAUGAGCCAGGUGUCGGACGAACAACGGAACGUAAUGCGCCAACGUCUAAUGGCCAGUUUGACACCUCAGCAAAGAGAAAUGUACCAGCGUCAAGGCCAAGAUCCACUUCCUCGCCACUUUCAUACCCUUGCGACCAAGAAGUUCGCCCUGGAAAAGGCCAAGAGAGCACAACAGGCAGGCGUCCCAAUGGAUUUCUCGGCUUUUGCUGGUCAACAGGCUGACGCCAUGAAGAUGGCCGAUCAAGGCCAACUCGUAGUGCCGGCCAGCAACAACAACAUGGGAAUGGAUCCUGCCGCCGCAAACAUGGCCAAUAUGGGCCAGAUGAACAUGCAAAACAACCAGCAGCAAAUUCAGAACAUGAUGGCCCAGCGACAACAACAAACUCAGGUUCAACUUCGCAACAACCAGAUGCAACAACAAGCUCAAGCCCAAGCCCAGGCUCGUAACGCUGCCCAACAGCAAGCACAACAGCAAAUGCUCAGAGGUCAGCCUGGCGGCCUCAACGCCACUCAAGCGCCGCAACAAAGUCCUGCUAUGUCCAUGCUCAACCGUCCCAUGGCCCCCCCUGGGCAGCCUUCUCAAACACCUCCUCAAUCCCGUCCCCAACCGACUCCCCAGCCAAACCAGCAGAUGAAUCCCCAGAUGAUGGCCCAAUUCAGUCAACAGAUUGCGAACAACCCCAAUUUGUUCCCCGCUCCCAAACCUGAUCUACAACUUCCGCCAGGACUAGUUAUCCCACCGCAUGUCAGAGCCAAGAUUGAAGGCUUGCCGGCCGAACAACAACGUGAUAUCCUCAACAAGCUACGUCUCCAACAACAGCAGCAACAAGCCCACCAAGCGCAACAAAUGAUGAUGAACGGCUUAACACCCGGGGGUCCCAUGGCUCAGCAGGGAAUGGCGAACAGCGCCAUGGGUAUGCCUCCGCAACCCCCGCUCAAUCCUCAACAACAAAUGGCCAUGGGAAUGGGUGGCGCUCCCAAUAACCAACAGCUGCAGCAAAGGUUGCUCAUGCAGCGACAGCGUGAAUGGGACGCAAGACCGUUCCCUCCGAAGGUGCUGAACGAAAUCUGUUCGGUGCCACCGACCGUCAAGACCUGGGGUCAGUUGAAAGAGUUCGUGCAACACAAUCAACAAAAUCUGCCCCCGGAUAUUCAGACCAAGGUAAAUCGGCUACAGGCUAUUGUAGUUCAAAGGCAGCAGCAGGCUGCGGCCAACGGAGCGAACGGACAACCUGGCAAUCAGAUGCCCGGUCAACCCCUGGCAGGUCCCGGCCAAGCAAUGACUGGCAACCAAGCUCCUCCUGCUCAAAUGGUGCCUCAGCCGUCCCAGAUGGGUCUGAACCCGGGAGUGCCGAACAUGAACGCUCUUCCGCAAACCCUUUCCAACAUGAGCAACCUGCCGAUCCCUCAAGUCACUGAGCAAGACAUCCAGACAUUCAAAGCAAAGUUUCCCACAGCUCAGACCUGGUCGCAAGAACAAGUUCGACAGACUAUCAUCAAGAUCAAGCACUCGCAAAUGGCCAAGACCCCCAAUGCUCAACAGGCCAUGAACGCAAUGCGACAAGCACAGAUGCAGCAACAGUCAGCCACACCAGGCAUACCGCCACAGAACCCUAUGGCUCCUACGGUGCCUCAGAUGGGCGCUCAAUCCACACCCAUGCAAAAUCAGCGAUCCCAACAGCAAUUUGCGAACAUGCAACAGCAGAUAAAUCAAAAAGCACAUAAGCGCCCGGGUGCCAGUGACGAUGUUGUCGAAAUCCCCAACCCGAAUCAGUCGCCUCAAAGGCCUACAGCACCCAACGGACAGCCGCCCAGGGGCCAAAAGCCGGCCAUACAACUCGACCCCGAGCAGCUCAAGAACAUGCAUCCUGACAAGAUCAAGAACAUGCCUGCGGAGCAGCGCGCUGCCAUGCAACAGUCAUUCAUCCAGUUGCAACAGAAGAUACAGAUGGAAGCCUUGAAGAGAGCUCAAUCCUCGACGAACCAGCCUCAAAAGGCGCAGGAUGGACAACAGCAAGGUCAACAAGCACAACAAGCUCCGCCAGUGUCGCAGUCUCAGCAGCAACCUCAGCCACAGGCGACCCAGCAGGCUGCGCAGGCACAACAAGUUAAGGUUCAGCAACAAAGAGCUAGACUAGCAGCUUUCAUACAAGAGACAGAGGCAACUUACCGCAAGGGUCCACCUCAGGAUGUUACCGAGGGUAGCUUGAACGAGUCUGUUCAGAAGCUUCAAGGUUGUCGAGACAUGAUCGUCAAACUCGACAAGAUGCUUCCUACUGCUAUGACAUUUGUCAACGACAGAAUCGUGCGCAGUAUCUGCCUUGAGAGAGCAAAACUUCUUGGCGAAAUGAGCAUGGAUGGUAACAUUAACCACUAUAUCUCACUAACAGUACAGCAAAUCGGUGAAGCGGAAUCGAGAAUACGUGCGUUCAUUAUGCAAUGUCUGCAGCACAUACAGAAGAUGAAGGCGACUUCUUCGCCAGAGCAUGCACAGCAAGCCGUGGACCAGCAAACGAAGCCACCGGCUGCGCCACUGGCAGCUACAGCAGCGAUGGCCCGAACAGGUUCGAAGAGUGGUGAUAGGUCUAAACCUCCUCCAGCGCCUACCUCGGCCGUCCCUCCUCCAUUCCCUGUCAGUCAUCAAUCCCCUCACGGUGUUCCCGUCUAUGACGGUAGUAUUCAAGGACUUACACCGGACAAGCUCCAACUUCCUGCAAACAAGCGCAGAAAGACCGGCCAGCCCGGCAGUUCUGCUUCUACCCCCGCGAAUGCAGGUACGACCCCUGGCAGUAUUCCAAGCCCGAACAUCAAGAUGCAAAGUCCGGAUGAGAAGAGGCGUCAGGUGCAACCCAAGGUUGAGCCACCGAGAGGACCGGAAAAGAAGUUCAAGUGCGCCGACGAGUACUGUGAAUUCCACAUUACUGGUUUCGAGAAGGAGGAAGAGCUUCAAGCGCAUACCGCAGAAGUACACAAGCAGAUCGAAAACCCUCUCAACUUCUUCCUUGAGAAUGCGGCUGCCGCCUUUGAAGUCGACAUCGAAGGCAACGAGAAGGCACUGAAGAGCGACAACAAGUCUUUGCCUACCAUGGCUAAGCCAUCAGCGCUGGGACCGAGCACGAUUAAGAAGGAGGCACUCAAGGUUGAGGGUCAGACUCCUGGCAAGGCCAUCAAAGCAGGUACACCUUCUCCUUUCAUCAAGCCUGGUACACCACCAACCAUGGCUCGUACGCCGCAAGGUUUGAAGCGAUCUGCUCAAGAUCCUGAGCUAGCUUCUACCUCACCCAAGAAGAAGACUAUGCUUGACACUAUGAUGGAGAAGGGCGGUAUGACGAUGCCAGUCACUCAAGAGAAUAACCGCAAGCAGUCUUCAACAUCUCCUGUCGUUUGGAACAGCAACGAUGCUGAUGACAGCUUCAUGAGAUCGGUGCGCGAGACUCUGGACGGCCUCGAUGAGGUUGGCCAUUACUCAGACAUGGACUGGACCAUCGACCCAUCACCCGACAUGACACCCUCAAGCUCCAACUCCGGAACUUCGGCCGCUACCUCGAACUUCACCGACAUUAGCGAGCAUGACCGUGUCAAGAUCAUGUUCGAGAGCGACCCCUUCGGCCUUGGUUCAGGCAUUCAGUUCGAUCUGGGUGACGAUCUCGGCAUGGGUAUCAUGGGUAUCCAGUCUACAUUUGACAACAAGAAGGAAGGUCAGGAUAAGGGUACACCGCCACCUGACGUCAGUUGGGACGCGAUGUUUGGACCCAACGCUGGUUUGGACAAGGACGACACAAACUGGGACAAAGACCCCAUGGGUAACAGCAUCUUCGAAGGCGUUACCUUCUUCGACAUUUAG